CUUCGUGACUUGUCAACCUCCUUCGUUGUCGGCGCUCCCAACACUACAAGACCGACAGCCACUGGCGCCCAACGAGUUGUCAUGGCGCAUCAACCGGGCUUAUCUGCCUCAACGCCGGCCGCUACCGCCAAGGCCGUCCAGGUAGGCAGACGUGUACAGACGCCCGAAUCGAUAAGCCGACUUCAUCGACCAUUUAAAUGUCCUGGAUCAGCAUCUCGGAGUGCUGCAGAGACUCGACCCUCAAGAAAGCGAAAAAGGGUCGACUACAAGGGCGCCGACUGCGAGGUCGACGCCGACAAGCCAUACACCAACGACGACCGAUUGGCACUCGCGACGCGUGAUGCCAACAGGUUCCCCGUCUUUCAGCCUAAAGAAAAGGGUUUCGUUUUUCGCAAGGCCUUCUCCGUUCCUUUCAAGGACAAAGAAAAAAGCACCUGGAAUCCGAGCCGCCCUCCUCCGACACUUGGACUUCGACAAGGAGCGGUGUUUGUGCCGAAGCCACUUCACGACCCCAGUGGCGAAUUUGCUAUUGUCCUUUACGACCCUACCGUUGAUGACAAGGCCAAGUCAGUGGAUACUGGUGGGGAAGACAAACCUACUGCAGUCGCCGUACCCAGCCAGACACUUGAUGCACCGCUUGUGCACAAGAGCCUGGCAGAGAUUCUUGGAAUCAGGAAGAAGCUGGACAAGGAUCACCCACGUGUCCCUGUUGUCCUUGACCCCAAGCUUGCUAAGAUACUACGCCCCCAUCAAGUGGAGGGUGUCAAGUUCAUGUACCGAUGCGUAACGGGCAUGAUCGAAGAGCAAGCUAAUGGGUGCAUCAUGGCGGAUGAGAUGGGUUUGGGAAAGACACUUCAGUGCAUUACUCUCAUGUGGACUCUGCUCAAGCAAUCACCAGAUGCGGGCAAGUCGACCAUACAAAAGGCCAUCGUCGUCUGCCCGGCUAGUUUGGUCAAGAAUUGGGCCAACGAACUCACAAAAUGGCUCGGUGCCAACGCCAUUACGCCUUUUGCAAUUGAUGGCAAGGCCAGCAAAGAAGAACUGACUCGCCAACUUCGCCAAUGGGCGAUUGCAUCCGGCAGAUCUGUCACGCGGCCCGUUAUUAUCGUCUCUUAUGAAACACUGCGAUUGAACGUCGAGGAGCUCAAACACACCAAGAUUGGAUUGUUAUUUUGUGAUGAAGGUCACCGCCUCAAAAACGGCGAUAGCAACACUUUUAACGCCCUCAACAGUCUCAAUGUGUCACGUCGAGUUAUUCUUACAGGGACACCCAUACAGAACGAUUUGACGGAAUAUUUUUCGCUCACAAGCUUUGCGAACCCCAACCUGUUGGGGUCUCGACUCGAUUUUCGCAAGCGCUUUGAGAUACCCAUCCUGCGAGGUCGCGAUGCCGAUGCGUCCGAAGCGGAUCGUAAAAGGGGCGAUGAAUGUACCACGGAGCUACUAGGAAUCGUCAACAAAUUCCUCAUCCGACGCACCAACGACAUACUAUCCAAGUACUUGCCGGUCAAGUAUGAGCAUGUUGUGUUUUGCAACCUCGCCCCUUUUCAGCUUGACCUGUACAAUUACUUCAUCACAAGCCCUGAUAUCCAAGCAUUGCUUCGAGGCAAGGGAAGCCAACCGCUCAAAGCAAUUAACAUCCUCAAGAAACUAUGUAACCAUCCCGAUCUGUUGAACCUGACGGAGGAUUUGCCUGGAUCGGACAGCUGCUUUCCGCCAGGAUACGUGCCAAAGGAAUCACGCGGCCGUGACCGCGACCUCAGACCCGAGCUGUCGGGCAAGAUGCAAGUGCUUGAUCGGAUGCUCAGCCGCAUCCGACAGGACACCAACGACAAGAUCGUCCUCAUCAGCAACUACACGUCGACGCUAGACCUUUUCGAACGCAUGUGCCGAUCCAAGAAAUACGGCUGCCUUCGGCUUGACGGCACCAUGAAUGUGAACAAGCGCCAAAAGCUGGUUGAUCGAUUCAAUGAUCCAGAAGGCGACGAGUUUGUCUUCCUGCUAAGCAGCAAGGCGGGCGGCUGUGGCAUCAACCUGAUUGGGGCAAAUCGGCUCGUCCUUUUCGACCCGGACUGGAACCCGGCAGCUGACCAGCAGGCUCUCGCUCGGGUCUGGCGUGAUGGUCAGAAGAAGGACUGCUUCGUUUACCGCUUCAUCGCCACAGGGACCAUUGAAGAGAAAAUCUUUCAGCGCCAGUCGCACAAGCAAAGUCUCUCCUCGUGUGUUGUUGACUCCGCUGAGGAUGUGGAGCGACAUUUCUCGCUCGACAGCCUUCGUGAGCUGUUUCAGUAUCGGCCGGAUACGAAUAGUGACACACACGACACUUUCAAGUGCAAGCGAUGCAAGCCAGACGGCAAACAGUACAUCAAGGCACCUGCGAUGCUUUACGGGGACACGAGCACCUGGAACCACUUUGUCAACGACGGCCUCGGGCCGAUUCAAGAUCUUUUGCUGCGACAAGAGUAUGGCCAGACGGAGGUUUCUGCUGUAUUCCAGUACGUGUCUCAUUGAGACACGGAAGCGGGUCGGCAGAGAGUCAGCAGGGAAAUCGGCGUACAGGCCAUGGACCUGUUGCUUCCUGAAUAAAAGAUGCACGCAGGCAUGGCAGAAUGGAAGCCUUUCCAUGCGGUGUCUGGGCGUUGAGAUGGAUGUGGAGGCGGCCUACGAUCGACACCUAAUGACUCCACCACAGAGGACAGGCACUGCCGACAUCUACUUUAAGUCAUCCAUUGUGGCUCGACGGAUUGUGUGGCGCUGGGCUGUGAGAUUAUCAGUGACGUCGGACACGAGACGCUUUUGGCAUUGGACGCCGCGAUUAAUGGUGAAGGGAGCGGGUGUUGGCGGAUGCCCAGGAGAGUUCAAGUCUAAGUAAAGCCUUGACGACGGCUUGACUGGCGCUGACGAGGACUGAUAAUGGGUCAACAUAGCUGACUGGGAGGCUGAAUUCGAACCUUUCUAUUGGUUCUGCAUGACAUGUUGUUCUCGGCAGCCACUUGUCAGUUUCCCAGUCACUAGAGGGACAAUGUUAGCCUUGCGCCGGCCGAGGUGAGCGCGUUAGAGCAAACUCAAUACCCGGCGUCAUUCGCAGACGAAUGCUUGGUCGUGUCACUGGCUCAGAGUCGCGUUGGUAACCGCAUGACCCCUUGCGCUUCACACGCAUGUCACCGAGGGUAGCCAGACUGGUCACUUGGUAGACAUAAAUAAGGAGAGGAGUCGCUUCUGCACGCGUCCGCAACCGACCUUUUGUCUCGUCCCCUUUCCGCAACCUUUGGUCACAACACCAACGCCAAACAGCAUCUUGCCUGACCAUGGGAUUUGGACCCUCGAAGGAGGCGCCUCCAGAAGGCUGCCGCUACAUGUCACCCAACAUCAUUGAGGCUCUGAUGUGGAGCGGUGCGCCCAUAGAAUGCGGAUGCCGCAAGUCGCAGAAUUGUCCACAAGGCGAACCCUCAAUGCCGCCCUUGUGGGAGUUCAUGGAAUUAGACCUGGACUGGUCAAUUUAUGCUUCCUGCCUUCCGCUGCCGCCGGUCCCAACGAUCGAGGUAAGGGAUACGUGGCUGGAGCCAGGCGACAACUAGUCUACGCAGCUGGGAGGAGAGGAAUUUCAGCUACCUCGAAAACACCACGGCGGUGGCCUGAACAGCCAGAACACAGGCAGCUCCGGACCCAGGAACGAUCGGUGGCGGCGCUUCAUGGGCCUCACGACUGCAUGCAACCGAGGAGCCGGCUAGCCGGGGGAUGGGAAAGUCUGCAAUAUUUCUUCAGCACAUUUGCAAGGACUGGGCUUGCGGAACAGGGGACAUGUCGAGAAUUGCUAUCAACUGGAGCAGCGGGCUGAUUGAGGGGAAAGGGUCGUCUCGGGGAUCCACGCUCAGAAACCUGAGCCAUACAGACGAGCAGACAGACCCUCAACGAGGUGCUCCAUUUCUAUACGACCAUGUCUGAGCGGCUAGGACAUCAGGGAUACGUCGACUGGGCCGGCCCUUUGUUCAUUUCUAAGCUUCAGGCAGUACAGCAUAUGCUCUGGCCGGUAAUGUCAGCAUGACUUUGACGCGUGAGUCUAGCUUCAAGUGCCACGCAAAUACUAUACUAUAUCACGCCAUGGUGAUGGGAAGUGGCAGGCAUAUUCGUGCAUUCCUAUGGGCACGAAAUCAGGCAGGUCUGUCAAUAGGCCGUCGUGCAGAUGAGGCUGAGGCUUAAUGAUAAGAUGCCAAC